AUGUCAAAAAGUCAGUCAGAUCCAGAGGUCAAGAGCAAGAAGAUCCACAGUGCAGAAAAUACAAGCUCGGUAACUGUAAACAACGCAGCAGUCAAUUCAGGACAACAAGUUUUACUAGCGACAGCGUUAGUAAACGUGAUAAAUGGCAAAGCAGGAGUCAAAUCAGUACGCGCAUUAUUGGACAACGGAUCACAAUCUUGUUUCAUUACAAAAGAUUGUUGUACGGAGUUAGGACUUAAUCAGCGAGAUACGGAUAUUCCAGUAUGCGGGAUUGGAAAACAUUCUAUACAAACAAGAAGCAUUGCCAGAAUUAUUCUACAGUCACGAACAACGGGAUAUAAGAAGGCAUUAGAUUGUUUAGUAGUGGACACCAUUACACAAAAUCUUCCCAUCAACGGAAUAAGCAAAAGAGAGCUGCAAAUACCAAACGGCAUUGUAUUAGCAGAUCCACAAUUCCACCAAUCGUCCAAAAUAGAUUUGCUAAUAGGAGCGGAGAUAUUCUUCGAUUUAUUGUGCAUUGGUAGAAUAAAGCUAGCAGCUAAUCAGCCAAGUUGGCAGAAGACAUUGUUGGGAUGGAUCGUUUCGGGAGGACUUGUAGCAAAGCAAAAACCCAACGUUACAGUCUGCAGUCUGUCCGUAAACGAGCAAUUAAGUGACAGUCUUACAAGGUUUUGGCAAUUGGAAAGCUGCAACAGAAUAAAUGUGAGGACGCCUGAAGAACGCGCUUGUGAAAAUCACUUCAAUGAAACUUACAAGAGAGACCAAGAGGGCAGAUUUAUUAUAACACUGCCAAUCAAGACGGAUAUUCUCAACAAAUUAGGUGACUCAAAAGAGAUUGCAACACAACGACUGUACAGUUUAGAAAGGAAGCUCAAACGAGAGCCACAACGUAGAAUUGAAUACAACAAGUUUAUGCGUGAGUACAUACAGUUAGGGCACAUGCGUAAACUUCAAGAGCCCAUUGAUGAGAAGCUAACAUGUUUCUACAUGCCACAUCAUUGUGUUAUCAAGGACAACAGCACUACGACCAGGUUGAGAGUAGUUUUUGACGCCUCAAGUAAAACAGCAAGUGGCAUCUCACUAAAUGAUGCGCUUAUGGUAGGUCCUGUCCUACAACAAGAGAGUGUAUCAAUACUACUACGCUUUCGAGUCCACGAGUACGUCUUAACGGGAGAUCUCGAGAAGAUGUACAGACAAAUUCGCGUUAACAAGGAGCAGACUCAAUUGCAGAGAAUCUUAUGGAGAGAAGAGCCAUCGGAUAACAUCAAGACAUAUGAAUUACUUACCUUAACGUACGGAACAGCAUCCGCAUCGUUCGUGGCAACGAAGGUCAUUCAAAAAUUGGCGGAAAGGAGUGCUCAUCAGUUUCCGAAGGGAUCGGUAGUGGCAGGCAAGGACUUCUACAUGGACGAUCUUCUUACGGGUGCAAACAGCAAAACAGAAAUCAUCGAAAUUCGAGAUCAAUUAAUAGCUUUAUUCAACGGAGGCGGAUUUAAGAUACGUAAAUGGGCAUCCAACAGCAGUGACAUUCUACAAGAUAUAGUUUCGCAAAUAUUUGACCCGCUAGGCCUUUUAGGUCCAAUUAUUAUAACGGCAAAAAUUAUGAUCCAGCAGCUCUGGAAAACACAAAUUGGCUGGGACGAAUCAUUACCACUGGAACUACAAGAAAAAUGGUCACAUUAUACCAAGGAUCUGCAAGAGCUAGGAAAGAUCAGCAUACCACGAAAGAUUGUAGUCAACAAGAGUGUUCGCAGAGAAAUUCACGGUUUCUGUGAUGCAAGCGAGCGAGCUUACGGGGCUUGCGUUUAUAUGCGCAGUGUCAAGGCGAAUGGAGCUAUAGAAGUACAUUUGAUAUGCUCCAAGUCACGUGUCGCACCCAUCAAAGUACUUUCUGUACCCAGAUUGGAGCUUUGUGGUGCACAACUAUUAGCGCAGCUCGUAGACAAGGUUGUGAGUUCUUUAGAAAUCAACAUCGACAGCAAGCAUUAUUGGACUGAUUCGCAAAUCGUCAUUUAUUGGCUCCAAGCGAGCAAUAAGAAGCUACCAAUCUUCGUAGCCCAUCGAGUCGGAGAUAUUCAAGAAUCAACAUCGGUCAACAAUUGGAAACACGUCGGAAGCAAGGAGAAUCCCGCGGAUCUUCUUUCGAGAGGCACCAACGCCAAGGAAUUGGUGAUUUCACAACUUUGGUGGGGAGGACCUAGUUGGUUGCAUAAUGAAAUCCUGCCAGAGGAACAAGAGGAAACAACAGAGUAUGAUGAAAGUCAACUUGAAGAGCAUGAUAGAUCAAAGGUGGUCGCAGUAUCCAAUCUUUCGCAGAUCAAUCCAUUCGAUAAGUUCUCUACAUUCAACAGACUUAUUCGAGUAGCGGCUAUGUGCGUACGCUUUGCGCAUAAUUGUAAAGGGCAAAAGCAAUACGGACCUCUAACAGUUGAGGAAUUACAAGGAGUCAUUAAGAAGUUAAUAAGACAAGAACAAGAGAUCACGUUUGAAAAGGAUAUCAAGGAUUUAAGAAACAAAGGAGUGGUAUCAAGUCAAAGCAGCCUAAAACAAUUAAAUCCGUUUAUUGAUGAGGAAAAUCUGCUACGUGUCGGCGGCAGACUACAACGUUCAAACCUACAAUCCGACGUAAAGCAUCCUUAUCUAUUACAUCAACGAUCUAAAUUAACAAAACUUAUCAUUGAGCACGAACACAGAAGACUUAUGCAUGCUGGAGCGGAAGCGACGUUGGCUUCGGUACGACUUAAAUACUGGCCGCUCAAGGCGCGCGGUACAGUAAGAAAACUACUACGGCAUUGCAUAAAAUGCUUCAAGCAUAGGCCAAGAUUUUCGGAACAGCUAAUGGGGAAUCUGCCUAGCCAACGUGUAACACCAUCAAGACCAUUCAGCUGCGUAGGCAUAGACUUCUGUGGACCGAUAUACGUGCGAGAAGGUUCUCGUAGAAACAGCAAGAACAUAAAGGCUUACGUCUCAAUAUUUGUUUGUUUAGCAACUAAAGCAGUCCAUUUGGAGGUGGUAUCAAACAUGACCACUGAUGCAUUCCUUAAUGCAUUCAAGAGAUUUAUUGCGCGAAGGGGUCGACCUUCAGACGUCUUCUCAGACAAUGGCACCAACUUUGUCGGUGCCAAUCGGGAGCUGGAAGAACUUCGAAACUUGUUCAACCAAGAAGAGCAUAAACAUAAAAUCAUAGACGAAACAUCCAAUGAGCAAAUCAAAUGGCACUUUAUACCACCACGAGCCCCUCAUUUUGGCGGGCUUUGGGAAGCCACAGUUAAAGCCUUCAAAAAACAUUUUUACAAAAUCGCAUCUGAUGUGGCCCUUACCUUCGAGGAAGCUUCGACUUUAGUCGUACAGAUAGAAGCCAUUCUGAACUCGAGGCCAUUAUCUGGCAUGUCUAAUGAUCCUAACGAUUUUAGUUAUAUUUCUGCAGGUCAUUUCCUUAUAGGUGACGUGAUAGUAUCACAUCCGGAGCCGGACAUCACUCAAUUAAAGGUAAACCGGCUCUCGCGAUGGCAACACUUAGAACAGAUGAGGCAGCACUUUUGGAGACGCUGGUCCCACGAGUAUUUGUCACAACUUCAAAAUAGGACGAAGUGGCAAUCAAGCCGUGGUCCCGCAUUGGAAAUCGGACAACUAGUAAUCUGUCGCGAGGAUGGACUCCCUCCUUUAAAGUGGAUGUUGGGAAGAAUCGAAGAGGUCUCACCAGGCACUGACGGUAUUAUUAGAGCCGCUACAAUUAAGACAUCAAAUGGAUCAUUCAAAAGGCCAGCCACCAAAUUAGCGGUAUUACCCAUCGAAGACGAAUUAAGCAAGGAGAAAUAA